CUUAGUACAGUGACGUGUACGGUAAGAAUGGACCCCGUGCUGUACGUUGUCGCCGCCGCGCUGCUGGCUGUGCUGCUCUUCUUUAUUACCCGGAUCAGAGGGCAGGCGGAGCAAGCCGACCAAGAGCACCAGCAAAAUGUGGCGACGGCAGCAGUCAGACCGCGGCCUCUUCCGGAGCAGCGUGCGGACGGGAUGCCGAGGAGAAGGGUGAACCGGAACAUGCUGGCCCAGAGACGAGCGCAGCGCCUGGAGGAGGAGAGAGAAGCAGCGCUGGAGGAAACCCGCGAUGACGACGAUGAUGAGGAGAGUCCGGCCGCUCAGGCUCCGGGGAAGAUCGGAGCCAAAAAACAGAAGAAACUGGAGGAAAAGCAGGCAAGAAAAGCACAACGGGAGGCUGAAGAAACUGAAAGAGAAGAACGCAAGAAACAGGAAAUGAAACGGGAAGAGGAGAGACGCAAAGAUGAUGAGAGGAUCCGGCAGGAGGAGGAAAAGCAGGAGGAAGAAAAGAAGAAAGCCAAGGAGGAGCAGGAGAAGCGGGAGUAUGAGGAGUACCUGAAGCUGAAGGAGAGCUUCGUGGUGGAGGAGGAAGGGGUGGCCGAGACCAUGGACGAGGACCAGACCCGCAGUUUUCUCACAGAGUUCAUUACCUACAUUAAGGCUUCAAAGGUGGUGAUUCUUGAAGAUCUGGGGGCACACUUCGGACUCAGAGCUCAGGACGCCAUCAGCAGGAUACAGGACUUACUGGCCGACGGCUCCAUUACUGGUGUGAUUGACGACAGGGGGAAGUUCAUCUACAUCACGGAGGAGGAGAUGACGGCGGUGGCGCAGUUCAUCCGUCAGAGGGGGCGCGUCUCCAUCUCCGAGCUCGCACAGGCCACAAACAAGCUGAUCAACCUGAACCCCGAGCCCUGUCCGGCUCCACUGGGAGUGGCUUAAGGACUGCGGUGUGUGUGGAGUAGACUGACCUGGUACCUGUUCAUGUGAGGGAUCACCAGCAUUAAAAGACUCCAAUCAUC